GACAAGUAUUAAAUUUGAUCAAAAUUCUAAUUCUUUAAUUGUAAUAACCUUUAAAAAUAUUCAAAGCAUUUCUAUAAAAGUAUAAAAAAACUACCAAUCCGAUUAUCAGAAAAACAAUUAUGGAAGGAUUUGAAAUAAGGAUAUCAAACAGUAAAAAGGGAAAGGGGCUGUUCGCAACUAAGCAGUAUAAUGAAGGCGACAUUAUUUUAGAGGAAGACCCUUUAGUAUCAUGUCAAUUUGCCUGGAAUGCUGCCUACAGAUACUUAGCAUGUGAUCAUUGCAUGAGACCCCUGGAGACCCCGGAACAAAAUGUAAUACGUUUAUCAGGCAAACCAGAUAUUUUAUUGCCACAUUCCAAUUGCUUUGAAGAUGAUCUAUUAAACAUUACAAGUUGUAACCAAUGUGGUAUACUGUAUUGUUCCGAAGAAUGUAAAGUGAACUCUUUAGCUAUUUAUCACCGCACUUUGUGUUAUAUACAAAAUGAUGCUCAUCAUCCAAUAAAUUUGCUCAUUGAAACAUGGAAACAAAUCCAUUAUCCUCCGGAAACAGCAAAUAUAAUGCUUCUAGUUCGAAUAUUGGCAUAUAUACAGCAACAUUCCGAUCCAGCAUCUGCCGCUGCAACAAUCAAACAAUUUUGUCACAGAACUGUUAAUGAAGAUGCAGAAUUAGUUCACAAAGUAUUAGGAGAUGAGUUUAGUGGUCAGUUGAAUACUCUAAGGGAAAUGACGGCUAAUGUUAUUAAUGGAGAAUAUAUACAAGAGUUCCUUACUCCUGAAGGAUUCUGUUCUCUGAUGGCUUUAGUGGGGACUAAUAGUCAGGGAAUUGGCACAAGUCCCCUUUCACUGUGGGUCACUUCAGUAUCGCAGUUGACCAUGUCAGAUGAUGAAAGGCAACAGCUUGAUAUGUUUAUAGAUAAACUUUAUCAGUAUGUUGAAGAAGAAUCUGGUCAAUUUUUAAACACGGAAGGCUCUGGAUUGUUUCGAUUGCAGAGUGCUUGCAAUCACAGUUGUGCGCCAAAUGCUGAGUCCUCAUUUCCAUAUGGCAAUCACAGGAUACAAUUAAAGGCAUUGAAACCUAUAAUGCCAGGGGAAGAAAUUUAUAUAAGCUAUCUCGAUGACUGUACUCUGCAAAGAUCGAGGCAUUCAAGACAAAAGGAGUUAGCAGAGAACUACCUUUUUAUGUGUUGGUGCCAACGUUGUAGCUCUCAAAGUUCGGAGCCAGACUGUACCAGCGAGGAGGAUAAUAGUGAAGAAGAGAUUGAUGCGGAUGACUGAUGUUCUAACUUCCUUGCCCUGUGCUUGUUGGGCAUUUAAGACUCUUGUGCAAACAAUCCUUAUUAUUAAUAAUUGAAUAUUCCUUUCCCAGUGUGUGUAACAU